GAAAUCUUCCUUUAUCGUCGCCCAGACAAACGAUUCGAGGCACUGAUGCAGUCUCAACAUGCUAUGGCAGUGAAGUCACAAACACAACCAUACUCUCCGCCUCUCUCUACGGAGACCAUUCUUUCCACUCACCCUAAUGAUAGCUCUGUGUUCCCUCCUCCUGCCGGAGAUAGCGCUUCUCAAUGCCCCGACGAUGGUCUUGUUGUAUCCGAUGGAACCCAAAAUGGAACCGUCAGUCCCGCUAGUGCAGCUUCGCGUAAUGACACAAACGGAAUCGAGGACCAUUCAAAUAAAAUUGUUGGUGGCGAACUCGGCAGCUUUUCGAAGAAGUUGGAUGAGACGGAAGAAAAAGUGAACAGUGCAGAAACAGACGCAUCAGCUGGGGCCAAGUGUGGGGCCCAUGAGAAAGAGGAAAGGGAGGAAAAGGAAGCAGAGAAUGACGUUUUUAGUGGCCUCUCUGACCACGAAAACCCGUGUGACGACGGCCUCUCGCGCGAACAGCGCAGUUUUGCUCGUUACGAAUCUCCUCGAGACGUGGAGGGAAGAGAAGAAAAGACGGUAGAAGGGGGAGAGGAGGGGAAGGACGGAGUGACAAAGGAAAGGGUGACUCAACUCGCAUCCUUUGAUUCCCCAAUUCCUGCAAUCACUUGA